AUGUUGGCUGUCGCGAGCAUCACUCUCGCCGCCCUGUCGCCGCCGACGAGGCCGAGCGGCCCGCGGCUGUCGCGGCGAGCGGCGUUACCUGCAUUUGCGGCCGCCGCCCUCGCCGGCGCAGCGACGCCCGCGGCGAUCGCGGGCAGCGACGGCGCGCCCAAGCUCUGGCUCUCGGGCAAGAGCGAUCCGCUGCGGCCCACGUCCAAGGACAAGCUCGACGGUACCAAGAAGGACCCAAAGUACCUGUCGUGUCUCAACGACUGCGUGCCGCGCUGCCAGAAGGAUGCGAGCAAGGAUCGCUCGGACUGCUUCGACGAGUGCCAGGACGAGUGCUGCUUCACGUACCAGCAGUGCACCGCCGCCCGGGUUGACGUGCUCUUUACUGGAUUGAUGGGCCCGCUAGCCUUGCGUCAGGCUAGCGGGGUCCCGGCCGCGCCCGACUUUGCGGAGCCGUCGGGCGGGCGGUAG